CUGGACUUAUAUCUAAUCCAUUGGCCGCUCGGCUAUCAGGAGGGAGAGGAGAAGUUCCCGAAGAACGCCGCCGGAGAGGUUCUGGUCAGUGAUGUUGACUUCGUUGAGACAUAUCUGGGUUUAGAAGAUUUGCUCAAAACAUCGAAAGUCAAGUCAAUCGGUGUCUCAAACUUUAAUUCACAACAAAUCGAUCGCAUUCUUAAGGAGGCGACUGUCAAACCGGUGGUCAAUCAAGUCGAAUGUCAUCCAUAUCUCAAUCAAACAAAACUGAUUGAAUUCUGUCGUCAAAAGGAUAUUGUGGUCACAGCUUACAGUCCAUUGGGCUCACCUGAUAGGCCGUGGGCUAAACCCGAAGACCCCUCUCUACUGGAAGAACCAAAAAUCAAAGAAAUCGCAAAGAAGUAUAACAAAAGCAGUGCUCAGAUACUGAUCCGAUUCCAAGUGGAGAGAGGGGUUGCCGUCAUUCCCAAGAGUGUGACCAAAGACAGAAUCGCUUCCAAUAUCAAUGUGUUUGACUUCCAGUUGACUCCCGAAGACUUGGUCACAAUCUCGGCCUUUGAUAGGGGACACGAGGGACGGAUCAUACACUUGGGUUGGAACGGACCCAAUGUAGUCGACCACAAACACUAUCCAUUUAAGACCCCCUUUUAAUGGCACAAAAUGUAAUACAUAUUUACCGGUGUUUUUAGGGUGAAUAAAAUCAUGACUAUUUUUAUAAUUAAAUUUAAUGAUUUUAUUGUGAUUUGAAAAUAAAAUUUAAUACUUUUGUGUUAAAAAA